AUGACAAACCAUAAUCUAACAAUUACUCCUGAUAGAUAUUUCAAGCCAGGCAUCUCUUUGAACGAAGAGAAUAUAAAAACUUUCCGUGAUCUUUAUCGAAGAUUAUCAAAAAUUAAUCAAUUUGAUGGGCAUGACAUCGAUAAAACAUCAUUACUCAAGGCUGCUCAACAACUUGGAAUACAAGCUGAUUUGGACGACUAUCAUGAGAUAUUGCAAGAAUGUGUUAAAUAUGAAGAUGAAGAACAAACAUUCUUGUGUGUUGACAUACGUAUCCAAGGCUCAGUACAACAGUUGUCAUUAGGUCCUCGUUCCAUUCCUGCAUUAACGUCAAAGCCAUCAGAACAAGAUAAUAUGCCAAUAAUUUUGACCGAGGUCAAAUGUAUACUUAUUAUCAAACAUCAAGGAAAAGAUGUGAAGGACUUUCUGCAUACGUUUCUCUUGCAAAUUGUCAAGAAAACCAGUACACGUGAAUCUAAUAGUGACGAUGCCUGGACGCCAUGUGACAACAAACGAUUUCUUCUUCAUCCUGGAUCGCUUCUUGCUUUAUUUAUUCACGAACAAAUGAGCUCAUUAGGUACGAUUCGUCAGCGGUCAGCAGAACGUUUGCGCCUCGUCGAACCUCUCACUAUCACUGAUGAAUUUGGCACAUGGUCUUAUGAUCAUUUUCGAGGUCUCUUCGAAAUUGAACUCCGUUCUCAUCUUCAAAAGUCCUUUCCAUCUUGUUGGGUCCUCAGCAACGAUGCUCGCAUCCACUGUCAAUUUGUUUUUAGUGGCACUCGACAAGCCAGUGAAAUGGCAACCUUACUUAUCUUUGAACGCCCACGCACGAGUUCUCUCGAACAGUUUGUUGAAGACGUAUGUGCCAAAGAAGACAAUAUGAAAACUAAACAAUGGCUCGAGGCAUUAUAUGCCGAAGACAUUUAUUCAUUUCUUCAUCUAUCCAAUUUAAAACAAACCGAAUGGGACAAUAUAAAAAAGUUGUCAAUGAACGCAAAGAGAAUAUUGAAGGCAGCAGUUGAUCGAGAACGAGAGAGUGCUGCUGACGAUCGAAGACGUUCCUUUGAAGAAAGUUCACUCAAUGAAGAACCUUUAAGAUCAACAGACAAUCUACCUAAAGAAUCUCGCUCCGAACAUCUUGCUAAUCUUCAUUUAAUCAAACUCUUUAUCUAUCAUACGCUUCGUUUUGAACGAGCACUUCAAAGUUAUGGGGCUCUAUCUAAACUAGAGCCAGCUUGCAUCGAUGCAUCAUUUGCUGAGAUGCGUGAUGAGGGAUAUGCCGAUGAUGGACUCUUUUCAACAAUGGGCGAGUUCUUUCUGCCCCUGACAAUAUCUGAACAAGAAUUGAGAAUGUCAAGAUCUAUUGCCAGUAGCCAAGUACGACGAGAUCAAUUAAAAGAUCAUACCAAGGAGGUUCGUCGCUUGGAAAAAUUGUUGAAUGAAGCAACGAUGCAUCGAUGGGAUGUCGAUGAAAAGAUUACUGAACUGAAUCGGACAAUAGAACAAGCAUAUGUAUUAUAUUUAAACGAGCGAUUACAAAUGAAUACGACAAACACAUCGCGUGAACAAGCGGAAGAAUUGCAACAAAUUGAUCGACAAUGGCAAUACAAUCGGACACAACUGGAAGAAAAGUUGCUUCCAUUGAAAAACACAUUGGAUCAAUGGAUAAGUCGUGCUACUGAAUAUGAGAAACAGAUAGAUGAACACAAUGCCCAAAUCAACAAUAUUCAAACCGAAUUGAAUCAACCACAACGUCCAGUUGACAAAGGACUUGUGAAGCCAGCGAGGGGAUUCAUUAUGUACGGGCCUCCUGGUACGGGUAAAUCAGAGAUCAUGAGUAAACUAAGUACGAAAUUAGGUAUUGCCAUGGUCGGACCACCUCUAGCGGCUGGCGAACUCAAUCGUCCUUUGGUAGGUGAAUCAGAACGAGUCAUCAUUGCACUUGCCUCUCGAUGUCAUCGUGUGCCCUAUGCUAUGUGCUGUUUGUCUAUUGAUGAAAUUGAUUCUCUCGCACCGAAACGUGAUGAAGAUUCAAGUGAAGGAAAAGUAGACAAGAUUAGUGUUCUUCUCUCAUUGAUUGAUGGUAUCAAAGAUGUACCCAACCUUAUGAUUUUCUGUGCUACAAACCGUCUGCACAUGAUGGAUGAAGCUUUUUUACGACGUAUGUCGGGAAAAUUCUUUGUUGGUCGACCAUCAUCUCAAGCACGCAUGAAAAUCUUGACUCAAAUACCAGAAUGGGCUCUUGAACCGGAUCUCAUUGAUCGAUUAGUUAUUGCUUCAACUAAUUUUAGUGGUGCAGCAUGCAAAGCUUUUACUCGAGCCAUUACUGUUCGUUGCAUGGCUGUUCAAAGAACACAACCAAAUUUUCAUGUCAACUAUAAAGAAGCACUGAAGAUUGUCGAUCGAACUGCACAACAAUAUCAAAUCUUUCUCGGUAGUGAAACCUUACCUCGCCUACUUCUGCGCAACCUCAUGAGUGGAUCAAGGAUUCGUGUAAAUCACCUAUCACGACACAUGUAUGCAGGACGAAUCAUUGUCGAUCUACAUGGUGGCAGUGCACGUAUUGAAAUCAUUGAUAGUAGUGAUCGUAUCGCCGUGAUCGAACAUAAACUUUUCCCAAAUGAGACAAGUGUACAGAGUUUACUUGAACGAUUGACCGUGUACGGAAAAGAUCGAAAUGUACAACUUCUUCAACUAAUUGAUCUCAAUCUACUUGCUUCCCAAGGAGCAUAUGAUGAGAAAAAAGUAUUUGAAACACUGAAAGAACGAUAUGAUGAAUGCGUAGCCUAUACUCGUUCGAUGAUCAUCUACGAUCUUGAUUCUCUUGUUGGUGUUAAUAAAUCGGAAUCAGAUUCGUCUAUGGGUCGAUCCAUGAGUUCAUCUGUUGUCAAUCAAAGUGUGUAUACAUAUGUUCGUGCAAGAUUUCGAGAAGCAGUUGUUGAGCAACAACAAGAAACAAAUGAUGAACAACAACAGAUGGUAGAAAAAUGGGCAGUUGCUGUUAUUCGAGAACCUUUUCUUUUGAGACAAUUUUCGUCGGAUGUGCAAUUUGCACGAACACGUCAAGAAGAAGAAGAGCUCGAGUUGGAACGACAUAAAGCGGAAGAUCUUCUCAAAUGUGUAAAAUGCAAAGAUCUUUACAUAGAGAAUGAAAACAAAAUGGGUAAUUGUGUUCAUCAUGAUGGAUUCAUAUAUGAUAAUUCAGCACCUGAUCUUGCCAUUCAUACUCAAAGUGAAGUAUCAUAUGAGUUAACAAAACUUGAAUGUGAUGUCAUCAAUUAUCCGGAAAGACGCGAAGAAUUUGAGCGACAAAAAAAUAAAUUCAAAUGGAUAUGUUGUGACACGACAGUGACAACAGGUUCUGGUGCAGGUGGAUGCAAAAAAGGCAAACAUGGUUUUGGUGAGCAAGUCAGAGAGGGACAUCGGCGAGAUGGACAUCGUCUUGAUCAAACAAUGAUCAAACGAUGGGAAGAAGAGUGUCGACGUAAUCAAGAAUACAAUGAAAGAUGGUUGUUGUUGUUGGAGAAUCGAAGUUAA